GGCAUUUUCCGUGUCAGCUUGCGGCAUUUCGAUAGACUGCCUACGCAUCGGCAUCUCCCUUGCGUCUUUCGGAGUUCCUUGCCUCUCGCCAGGGAGUACCGUGCAUAAAUACCUACUUACCCUUUAGGGCCUCGAUGAAGCCUUAUAUUCUCUCCAUCUCUCUCCUGCUCUGUCUAUCUCAAGUUCCACUGCAUGUGCAUAAAGGAAAGGCAACACACCACGCAGAUGCGCCAGGUCGUCAUUCUAUCACGCAAGUGCAUUUUGGCCGCCUCAUCUUCACUCCGCCUCCACUGCCACCCUUAUUCUCAUCGGCGAUAAUCACUGCCACUCGCCAGGCUGUAAUUACAGGCUGCUCUUCAUCCUUUUCCUUUCGUUCGCGCUCGUCUGUAGCCAUCAUGGUACGCUAACUAAUACUCAUUAUUCUACCUCCUCUCCCAGUAGUACUGAUCUAGUAAUACUAGGGUUAUGUUACCGUCCUCUAUUGUUGUAACUGUGCCGAGGGCCCGUGGGACUUGAGAGUAACCCAGUAUUGCCAAAC